UCUUUAGCUGUGAGUCUUGUUGAAGUUUGGUGGAGGUGGAUUCUACAGUUGGAAAACUUGACCCACCGACGCCAAGGAGAACGAAUCGUUGGGAAACGGCGCGAGGUGUUACACAAUUUAAGAUCUCCAAGACUGUCGGUCGGUUGGUCGUCGGAAUUCGCUGGCGUAUGGAAAUAGUGUGACGACGGCGACAACGACGCGCCAAGUGCAGUGAAUUGAAUUUAGAGAAAUUCCCCUCGUGCGGAACGUGGGCGGCAUAACAAUUGGAUACGCUCUCUCGGCAGUUGUUUGAAUUGUAUGAAUGGACCACGGUAGUACCAGCUGGAUUGGGGAGUGUUACCCUCGGGUUCCACCGCACACACCAUUGUGAUUAAUCAUCGGAAUCAACUCUGCGAGUUGCGACAGUUACCUAUUCCUUUCAAUGUAUGAGUUGUGUUUACGGUGGGAGAUUCUGAAUUGAAAACAACUCUUUGGUACAAAUACCGGUACACCUGUGUUGUGGCACAUGUUCGUGAGGUGUAGUGGUACAGUGGUGGAUAUUACGAGUGGACAAGCUGCUGGAGUUCGUGCUGCUAGUUCCAGAGCACGCGAAUAAUUUAAUCAAUAUUCAUCUGAUUACUUGUAAUAGCUCCGUUGGUGAAAUAUGGUAAUGAAAUGAGCAACAAGAAUUAAGUGAAGUGGUCAAGUGCUUGCUUUCCUGAGAAAAAUAUUGCCUUCCGAAGGUUGUAGUGGUUCCAUUCGGAGCAAAUUAAAGGUGUUUGUGAGGUGGGAGAAGGAAAAGAAACAAGAUACAAAAGCCAUCAACGGUCACACGUACACAUCUACACAGCGUCCGUAGACUUCCAGCAGACUUAGCUUAAGUUCCAGCGUCCGACAAUGACGGCGAGGUUGAACUCCUUGUCGAUAGCAAUUCUUUGCUGGAUAACAGUAUUAGGCCUGGUACGAUGCCAGAAGGUUCCGAGCCUACAGAUCCUGCCGGCGGCGUCCGUCCAGCGAAAACCUGUUGGUGCCUCGUUGCUGCUGACGUGCCGACCGGAUGUCCCCGAUAGCGCGCUGAUUUCCGAUCUGCGGUGGAGUGACAAUCGCAACAUGACGAUACCGCCAAAAGCGACUAAAUAUUACUACCCACAGUACGAUUCUAAAGGUCGAAAGCUCCCAGCGAAGGCCGGACAAUCGUCACCCCCCAUCUACACCGAGUCGAUUGCCUCCGGGCAGGCGCUGGCGCUGAUCUUCAACUCGCUGCAGGAAUCGAUGGCCGGCGUGUACUACUGUGCGGCGUCCUAUUCCGUGACCGAGCAGCUCGGCGCGUCCGUUUCGGUGGAAACUUACGUGGCCAUUACGUGGAAGGAUGCACCGGAGGAUCAGCGGCCAAUCCUGGGUGACGACUACAUUGUUCGCUGCGAGGUGACAGCAAAUCCGCCGGCGACCGUGGAUUGGCUCCGUAAUGGAGAUCCGAUUAAAUCCAGCGGUCGGUACGUCAUUGAGAAUCGUGGGCUGUUGAUUCGGAAUGUGUCCGAAAGUGACGACGGUUUGUACACGUGCCGGGCCGCAGUCAUAUCCACCGGCGAGCUGGCGAAGCGCGUAAUUCGAGUUGAGGUUCAAAUCAAGCCCGAGGUGCAGAAGUUGCCAUUGGUGCUGGAUGCUGUCGAGGGACAAUCGUUUUCGUACCUUUGCAACGCCACCGGCAAGCCCGUACCUGAGUUCCAGUGGAUCAAAAAGAGCACACAGCAAAAUGUAGUUGAUAUAGAUAGAUUUUCCGUUAACGCAUUGACCGGUCAGCUGGACAUUAGCCGUGUGGAGCAGGAUGACCACGAUACGUACUCGUGUGUGGCCAAGAAUGCAGCAGGUAUUUCCGAGUCCACCACCAAACUGAACGUUCUGAUUCGUCCAAAGAUUUUGGAAUUCAUGAACAUUACCGUACCUGAAGAUAGUGACGCCGUGUUGGCAUGUAGAGCAUUUGGACGACCCCCACCGGAGAUUACGUUCCGUCGCUUUGGAACGACCGAGGAGUAUUCUGUUGGACUGCAGGUCAGUGACGACCGCAUCGUGCUUGACUUGGAUACCAACGCGGAACGUGGUGAGACCAUUGGUAGUUUGCGAAUUCACAAAGUAGACAAAACUGACGACGGACUGUACGAUUGUAUCGCGAGAAAUCCGGGAGAUGUUGCGUACAAAGUGGGACACAUCACCGUCGAAUACAAACCCAAUUUUGACAACAUGAAGUCACUGCCGCCAGUUUACACGUGGGAGCAGCGCCCGGCAAAUCUUAGCUGCCUGGCUCAAGCCAUCCCGAACGCGACAAUCGAAUGGCGCUGGAACGACCGACGUGUGUUGGAUUUGUACGACAUCAACAUGAAGGUCGAGAAUGUAGGUGCGCGCAGUGAUCUGAUCAUUAUUCCUCGGGAACCCCGCUACUACACGAGCUACAAGUGCGUUGCCACCAACCGACUUGGUAGCGAAGAACAUGUCAUGGAACUUCGCGAAGCACGCAUUCCGGACGCGGUUGGACAAGCUCGACCAAGGUCCGUCAGCGCAACCUCCAUGACCUUCGACAUCAUUCCACCGGCGAUCGAAAGAGGACUGCCCAUUACGGCCGUGUCCGUUCAAUACAAGGAGGAGUUUAACCCCGAUUGGAACACCGCCCUGAACCGCACCUGGUCGCCGGACAGUCCGUACAUCGUAGAAGGGCUGCGACCGCAGACGUCGUACAGCUUCCGCUUUGCGGUACGCAAUAUCGUCGGUCUUGGUCAGUGGGCCGCUUAUGUGGUGCACUCCACGCCCAAACGAUCCGAACCGGAAACGCCCAAAACGCUGCACACGCCCAUCCAGGAGGAGGACGAAGAAGAUGACGCCAUCGUGACGUCACCGUACGCCGACCACUUUGAGCUGCGGUGGAACGUCCCCGUUGACAACGGAGAGCCCAUCAACUUCUACCGGGUGAAGUUCUGCCCGGGUUCCAAGAUCAACGGCGUGUGGACGGAGCUGGAGGGUGCCUGCAUCGAGGAGGACAUCCAGAUCUCGACCUCGUACGAGAUGCGCGACCUGCAAGCGGACACCUACUACCGGAUAGAGCUGAUGGCACACAACGCGAUCGGGUUCUCGAAGCCGGCUCACCUGCUGCUGAAGACAGCCCGAGGAAUCGACGUGGUCCUGCGGGUGGACGAUCGGGCCCUCUCGUCGGCGGCCGUCAUCGGGAUCGUCGUCGGGUGCGUCCUGCUGCUGCUGCUGGUCAUCGACAUCCUGUGCUGCCUGAUUGGAAACCUGGGCCUGCUGGCGAUGAUGUGCCGCCGGACGAAGCGGUCCCCCUCGGACCUGAUGGGCGACGAGGAAAAGCUCGGAAGUCUAUACGGUUGGCGUUUUCCGCUACCCUAUUGCAGUGGCAGCCUCAUCAAGGAGCGUCCCCCCUCGCCACUGCCGCUGCCCCCGCCGAUCGUAAAGCUUGGUGUGACCACGCCGAUGGAGGAUGAAAAGCAACCGCUCAACAAUGGCCCCGAUGGCGAUGUCCUCAAGAGUUCCUCGGUCGAGUUCGACGGCAGAGGCGUCCAGAUUCGAAGUGGCGAGAUUAUCGGGAAAAACUCCGCCGUGUAAUUUGACAUCCCAGUUGGGAUCCCUCCCCCCAAAGAAUCGUGCGUACGAGUGGUCGAGGUGAGAGUGAAUGUGGUGACGGGACGACGGGACACUUGCUACCGGAAGGUCCGCUGGAACUGAGAGAUUUGCUGACUGAUGUAGGAGGUCGUGGUCAGAGUGUCUACCGGACGAGAUUGAAUGUACAUUUAGUGCGUCUACUAUAGUGAUAAGUCGAAAUUACUGUUCUUUUUAUGAAUGUACUUUCCGGAUUGGGAUAGAGUUCGCUCUAAGAAUUUACCAAAAUACAGGUCCGUUCCGAGCGAAAGUGCCGUUUUCAUUUUGGAAGCAUCGUAUCAUCCGAGAGUAAUCAUUUUUCAUCCUAUAUCGAUAAACUUCUUGAUUGCUACGUCUAACACACUAUGACUGUUUUAUUGGAAGAUGUACAACCAUUUAUAACAAUAUUCACAGAGAAUAUUCGACUAAUUUAGCUGUUUUAUACCAAUUACAUUACCCAAGGAUGCUAAACUGUGUGCUUCUGCUUGACAAGAAUAGCUACAGAGUUCCGACGUGCUCAAAAUGAAGCGUACUGUUCCAAAUUGGUAGCAGAAAGAAAGAUUAUACUGAUUUCAAUCGCACUGAACAAGAGAAAAUCGAACAAACCAGAGGAAAUAUUAAAGAACAAAUGUUUAAACUAUCUAUUUGCUUCUGCCUUUACGCAACAAUACUACAAAUACCUACCAAAACGUGUGCUUUGUACCAAACAAGAGAAGAGUAAAGAAAACGCAACAUACCCUAACAAAAUGUUUGUCGCCACAUUAACAACCCGUUCGGAACAUAGCUUAAACUUUACUAUUAUAAACAAAAAAAAAACUAGAUCUAAACACAACUUUUUUCGUUGAGCUUCUGUGAACUUAAUGUAGUUUAGGCGAAAAUCAAUCAUCAUUCAUCGGGAGCGAUGGUCGCAAAAUGGGUGAAAGAGAGAGAGAGACGAGAAUCAGUGUAUAAUUCAGUAAUUUAAACAAAAUAGCAGUCAUUUAAGUGGAAACCAGUCGAUUACCAGCAAACCAUAGAAGGAAUGAGAAUCGAAAAAAGCCAAAAGUCAUCAGAAGGAAAGCAGAAAGCCAACAAUAAUCCGUCGUCUGUUGUCGUAACAGUCUGCCAUAAAUGUAUUCAUAUUUUACCUGAAAUCAUCAACUUGUGUGUACUUUACUUGGAGAUGCGUCUCGAGUAUCGAGCCUCUCAGACAGGUGUGACCAACCAAAGUAUUUAUAUAUUUCCAAAAAGCCAUUAAAUCAUCAAUCCUCUUGGCGCUACAUAGUUUCAGUCUGCAACAACAAUUGGUCGAUUCGCAUUAGUCAUGACUCAGUUAACUAUUUCUGUACACUCGGCUCGGAGUGUUUGCAGCAGAAGUUUUGUUUUUUGUUUAAUUAGAUCUCAUCCGAAGAAGAAAAAUCUUAUCUUUAGAAAGCAAAAGUACUAUUAAUUUAAGUGUCUUAUAGAAAUUAGACUAGGUUUUAGUUAGUUUUUUUUCUUCGACAUUCAAUCAAACGAGCAGAAAACCAUAUUGCUGUAUGUUAUUUUGAACAUAUACAAAAUUCACCGGAAAAUGUAACGAACGCUGAAAAUAUACGUUUUUAAUGAAAAUACAA